GUUGAGCAAAAAUACCCUCUCAGGCACAAUAAUCGAGGACAGCCGCAUGAACCUAUUUUCCGACGCCGGUGGAGCCUUUGCUCGCCGGCGUCGGGAUGUAUCUAAUCAUCUUUCAUCCUCUUGUGUCUGUUCCGUUUUUCGCAAGCCUUUUGUUUCCUUUUUUAACCUUCCCGACCACCACGGUGCUCUUCCUUUAGCUUGGUUUUUGGUGGUCGGAGAUCCUUUUUUCACACUUUCUCGAACCUCAUAUCUCCGCCAGUACUCUAAGCUUCGGGUUGCAAUCGAUGAAACUUACUUGGCUUUGAUUCUGGCGAGUUCCCCGAAAGCCAAAUUUGCUAAAACUCUUGAAUCCGGGCUUAUUCUCUCACUUUCGUCUAGAUCUAUGGAAUCUAGUUGCUUCGCGAUCCUCGUCGACCACAGACCUCACCAGAUUUCAGCAUGGCUCAAACCGGUGAUGAAGAUGGCGGCGGAAGGGUCAACCCUUAUCCAUCAAGCCUCCCCCGUCCUAGAUCCCGUCACUCUUCCCAAAUGGUACCGCAACCCGUCGUCCAUGUCUACUCCGUUGCCACAACCUCCGGCGAUGUCUCUUUCAACUCCGAUCAUCUGCUCGUCGUCGCCCAGCCGCCACACACAAAGCCUCAUCGACCUAGUCAAAGGGGAACUAGGCCCAACUAUAAAAGGUGUGACCCAAAUCAACUUCUACAAAAGCCCAGGUCUGGUCCAAACUCUUCUUUGUCCAUUAUUAGCCAACAUUGGUGUAGAUUCAUGGAACCAGUUGAUCGUGGACUUCAAUUGAAACAUAUUCUACCAUUGUUGCUUUGUUGGUACAAUUUUUACUUGAGAACCCUGCCUCUAGAAUCACCUAUG